AUGGGUAUUCCAAGCUUUUACGGCCUUCCACCGAUCUCUUUGGCUGUUUCGGCCAUUGUGCUCUUGCAAGUCUUUACUAUAGCAUAUCGAAAAUGGCUUCAUUAUCAGUUUAGAAAGGCGCAUGGCUGCAAACAACCGCCCCGUCUUCCAAGCUAUGACCCUCUGCUCUCGCUCGACCUCAUCUUUUCGCACUUGAAACAAGCCAAAAGCCGGAAGCUGCUCGAGAGUACGCUCGGAAACUUCAGCACCUACGGAAACACAUACCGGUCGAAGCGGCUGCGCACCCCUGUGAUCUUCACACGGGACCCCGAGAAUGUCAAGGCUAUGCUCUCGCUCAAGUUCGAGGACUGGGGAGUUUCGCAUCGAUAUGCUGCAUUUACGGCCUUGCUGGGCCAGGGAAUCUUCAACUCGGAUGGAAGUUCGUGGGCACAUUCGCGACAGAUGCUGCGGCCGAACUUUAAAAAGGAACAGAUUGCGCACUUGGAUAUCUUUGAAAAGCUGCUGGAUGACCUCUUUGCGCUGAUUCCUUCUGGUGAUGAUGGUAAUGAUGCCGUCGAUCUUCAGGAGCUUUUCUUUGCCUUUACGAUGGAUUCAGCCACGGAAUUUCUGUUCGGGCAUAAUGUUCACAGCUUACGAAAGAGGCUGUUGGCUGGGAACUCGGCGGAUGAUGCUCGUUUUUCCGAGGCCUUCAACUACGCACAGGACGCCAUCAUCACGAAUACUCGGCUGGGCCUGCUUCGGGUCUUCAAUCGCGACCCCAAGGCGACCGAGGCAGUUCGCACCUGCCAUGAGAUGGUAGAGCAGUUUGUCUCCAAAGCACUCCGAGAAGUUCACGAUCAGAAUCUCAAACAAAUCAAGACCGCCAGCGGCGAGGACAAGACCAAGUAUUCCUUCCUCCGCACCCUGGCGCAGCAAACAGGGGGAGACCGCACGCAAAUCCGAGACGAGGUGAUGAAUGUCCUCUUGGCCGGCCGCGACACAACCGCCUCCCUCUUGAGCAACCUGUUUUUCGUGCUGGCAAGGCAUCCCAGGGUCUGGACCAAGCUCCGUCAAGAGAUUAUAGCUGCAGUAGGCACUCGUGUCCCUACCUAUGAAGAGUUGCGGGAUUUGAAGUACCUGAAGUAUUGUCUCAAUGAAUCCCUGCGGUUACACCCCGUCGUCCCCCUCAACGGCCGAACCUGCACCCGAGACACGAUCCUACCAACGGGGGGAGGGCCAGACGGUCGAUCGCCUGUCCAUGUAAGCAAGGGUACAUUCGUGAUAUACAGCACAUUUGCAAUGCAUCGGCUUGAAGAUUCGUUUGGUCCAGGGGUGGACGAGUUCCGCCCCGAACGUUGGGAAGCUCUGCGGCCGGGUUGGGAAUACCUCCCCUUCAACGGUGGCCCACGGAUCUGCCUCGGUCAGCAAUAUGCCUUGACGGAGGCAGCGUAUGUCACUGCGCGUCUUGCGCAGCGGUUCUUGGUUCUGGAAAGCCGAGAUGAGAGGCCCUGGGAGGAGAAGCUGGCGCUGACGCUGUGUUUUUGGAAUGGCUGCAAGGUCAGUUUGAGGAAGCGACUUUGA